AUGUUACUCGAGGAGGAUGAUACUGUCAACGACGAUUUUUCUCUGCUCGCAACUUUAAUCGUGGAGGAGGAAGAAGAUCGUCCAGCUGCACGCCGUGGUUCUAUGCCAGGUCAUGCUGUAAUUCAUCGUGGUCGAGCUGAAGGUCAUGAAAGACUUUAUCGUGAUUAUUUUGCUGAGACACCCACAUACCCUCCCAACAUAUUUCGAAGGAGGUUUCGAAUGAAUCGUUCUCUAUUUCUCCGAAUUUUAUCUGCCGUCGAAGGAUUUGAUCCAUAUUUUGCGCAAAAAAGAGAUGCUAUUGGCGUGCCUGGUUUGUCUUCGCUUCAAAAGGUAACUGCUGCACUUAGGAUUCUUGCUUAUGGAGCAUCUGCAGAUUCUGUAGAUGAUUACGUACGGAUUGGCAAAAGCACUGCUAUUGAAAGCGUCAAAAGGUUUGUUAGAGCAAUUAUUGCUUUAUUUCAUGAACAAUAUUUAAGAUUGCCAAACAAUGAGGAUGUGAUUAGGUUAUUAGCUAUGAACGAAAGACGCGGUUUCCCUGGAAUGUUAGGUAGUAUUGAUUGUAUGCACUGGAAGUGGAAGAAUUGUCCAACUGCUUGGCAAGGUAUGUAUACUGGUCAUAUUCAAGAACCGACCAUGAUUUUAGAAGCAGUUGCUUCACAAGAUCUCUGGAUAUGGCAUGCCUUUUUUGGUUUACCAGGAUCCCUAAAUGAUUUGAAUGUGCUGGAUCGAUCUCCUUUAUUCAAUGAACUUGCAGAAGGUCGUGCUCCUCCAGUAAACUACACAAUUAAUGGCAACAAUUACUCGAUUGGAUACUAUCUUGCUGAUGGUAUAUAUCCAUCAUGGUCAACAUUCGUCAAGACUAUUCCAGCUCCACAAGGUAAUAAGAGGCAAUUCUUUGCUAAAGCUCAAGAAUCGGCUCGCAAAGAUGUUGAGCGAGCAUUUGGGGUACUGCAAUCCCGUUUUGCAAUCGUGCGUGGACCGGCGCUUUAUUGGGAGAUUGAUACUUUAUCGGAUAUUAUGCGAGCGUGUGUAAUACUACACAACAUGAUCGUUGAGGAUGAGAGAGACCAUUAUGGUAUCAAUUUCAAUUACGAUACAAUUGAGGGGUAUACGCCGCCAAAUAUUUCACAUUCACUCAUACCUGAAACUAUGGAGUACGUUGACACUUAUUAUCGUAUUAGAAAUAGGCAGAGUCACUCUCAAUUGCAAGCAGAUCUUGUUGAACAUCUUUGGCAAUUACAUGGUGGAGAAUAA